UAAAAAAAAAAAAUCUGUAUGCUAUUACUCGGGCUUGGCUGUAUUCGCUGUUCCAUUGAAGCCGCAGCUUUAGAAGGUUCCUGCAAAAAGUAAACUGAAUUUAAAAAUGUUAUCAUCGUUAAUAGGUGAUAUCUCUAUCGAAACUGUGAGAAAUAAACUGGAUGCUAUUCAAAGAUUUCUCAGUGUCUCGCUGAGGAUAUCAAACGCUCACACUGUCGAUUUUUAUACCGAGGAUGUUUGGAAUGAGUUUGUAGCUGUCCCACCUGAAAGCGUCUUGGCGGUAAUCACAGGCUGCAACCAGCAGACGGCGCCAGUGCCUGUAGAAGAAGAAAGCAGCCUGUGUUUCUGUGGUUUCGGUGAUGACUCUCUAAAGUUAGUGGAUGUGGCCAGCUUUCUUCAGGCAGCGAAAGCCCACUCCCUGCCGCAUCUUCAGGUGUGCACGUCGCUGGAGGAUUUGCUGCAGGGGCUACAAGGAGAGGGGCGGGAAAGCACAGAUAAAGCCGUGGGAACAGACGACUUUAUGAAUGACAAGAAAUCCCAUGAAGUUAAAGUCAUGUCAGAACUGGUGGCAAGUUUAGCCAAGUACUGCAAUAUACAGCAGGUGAUAGACCUUGGGUCUGGCAAAGGCUACCUGUGCUCCUUUCUGUCGAUGGAGUACAGCCUGAAGGUUUAUGGGAUAGACUCAUCAAGCACCAACACCCACGGUGCCAAUGAGAGGAACAGGAAAUUAAAGAGGUAUUCGAAAGCCUACCAAAGGACACGAGAGCCAAUGAUACAGGAAACUGUAUCAGAGAUACAGGAAGACCACAGCAGCAUGAAUGAGGCUGGGCUAACUCCCAGCGAAAAGGUACAAGAGCUGUUUGUCCUCAUGGAUAAAGCUGCUCUAGAUGGACCUGCUAGUUCGUUGGACUCCCCAGAGCAUACUGUUAAAGUGGGAGGGGAGAACAUUACUGGAGCACAGUCGGAAACAGAGGACUUGGAAGCAGAUGGCAGCCCAUUCUUUGGUAUCUUGUCAAGUGAAGUAGUGGAAUUACCUACCCCACGGAAAAACCCAGCAGAACUGAGCAGCGAGGAGAAAGAGAGAAGGAAGCAAGAGAAUUUAAAGAGAAAGUCCAAAACCAGAAGCGACAGCAGCUUGUAUUCACCUCUGACCUCCUACGUUACAGCGAAAACAGAACUCCAGGAGAUCAUAUCAGACAUGGAGGAUUCGGUAAUGGUUGGCCUCCACACAUGUGGUGACCUUGCCUCAAGCACGCUGAGGAUAUUCACCGCCAAACCCGAACUGAAGGCUGUGUGUAGUGUGGGCUGCUGUUACCAUCUUUUAUCAGAGGAGUUUGAUUGUCCAAGACAAGAAUCUCCCAAUGGCAUAUGGGGGUUCCCUAUGAGUCAGUACAUGAAACAACAAAAAUGGAACUGUGGGAGAAAUGCAAGAAUGUCAGCGUGCCUGGCAUUAGAAAGAGUUGCUGUUGGCCAAGGGCUUCCGACUCAGUCACUGUUUUACAGAGCUGUCCUCCAUGUAAUUUUAAAGGAACAGUAUGGUGCAAUAAAAAGUGAAAAGCGUGUUGGGAAUGUUUACUCCAAAGCUGCCUCAUUUGUGGAUUACAUUAGAAAGGCACUGAAGAAGCUAGGACUGGAUGAGUCAAAGCUCCCAGACAGUCUAAUACAGGAUUACUAUGACAAAUACAAACCAAGAAUGAAUGAGAUGGAAGCCUUCAAUAUGCUAAAGGUGGUCCUGGCCCCUUGCAUUGAGGGAUUAAUACUUCUGGACAGACUCUGCUACCUGAAAGAACAGGAAAACACCUCAUGGUCCACAUUGGUGAAAUUAUUUGAUCCCUUGAAAUCCCCAAGAUGUUAUGCAGUCGUUGGAGUAAAGAGACUUUUAAACUCAAUCCAUUAAGUUUUGAAUGUGAAUGUCAAUGAGGUAUACGUUUUUACCUGCAAUCAUUAACCUUUGUUUUUGUAUUGUACCAACAAAGAAAUUAUGGCAUUAGUUGUGACACAGGAGACAUUUUAAUAAAUACAAUUUUUAUUGUGUGUAAAAAAUAAAAAAUAAAUGAUGCUUUGUUCUAUUAACAAUGAUAAUUUCUUAAAACCCGACCAUGUUACACAGUUUAGUUCUCUGUAAACCAGUCAGAUUUAUUGCAAGGAUUUGGUCUUUUAGAAGUCAGUAAAUUGCAAAGGAUCAUUUCAAUGAAGAAAUAGUCUGUUUCUAGUCAGAUAUUAAUUUGAAUUGAUGGCCCAUGCUAUUAAAUAGAUGUUAUAGAUAAAUCAAUUCUGAAAAUGUAUUGAUCAGUCACCCUCCUAAUCGCUUAAUCAGUUCCAGUAGAAUGGCUGACCGCUGCAACAACUGGAACAACUGGAAACGUUUGCGCCAGGAGUAAUUUACAAAAAGAAAAUCAGCUUUGUUAUCCCUAUAACUAAAAACAGCUUGACUUGGAGGAGGGAGCAUAUAAUCCAAUUGAAGUCAGGAAAGUCUCUAAAAAUAAGUUGAUUUAGUACAUUUAACAUUGGAAGCAGGGCAAGAUCUUAAUUUAAGUUAAUUAAAACAAAUUAGGUCAUUUAAAAAUGUAUUUUCUUUUUCUUUAAAAAAAAUGGUAUGUUUUAUGUUAUCUUAUGUUUAUUUAAUAAGAAUGAUGCUUAAAUCUCUGGAAACAAAACAGAAACGUUGCCUUUUUUUGCGAAACAGUGAAAUUGUUUAAAUGACCGUAUUUUAUUGGGAUUCCCCAGUAAAACUUCAAUGCUUACACUACUUCUUCAGUAUUUUAACCUUUUUGAGAUUCCGACUUUGAAUUUUCAGUAUUCUGGAAACUCGUUGGGCAACUGUAGUGUAUCAUUUUGGUGACGUUUUAAUUUUUUAUUUGUUUACCCCUGUUUUUCUUCCUAAAUCAAAUGUUUCCAAAUCGCAGCGACCCACUUACUGAUCAGGAGGACUGAAGAGAAUCAUAAACAACCUCUCUUCCUGCUAGUUUAAACAGCUUUUUAGGCUGUUGCCUGGCAUGCCUUUAGCAGCUUUAUCAAGGAAAUCUUGAUAAAUCAAUUAUCUACAUUUUACACCUAUAAAGAGUAACAAAGUCUGACAGCUCAACACAAUUUUAUUUGGUGUCUCCCUAAGAAUUUACUUUUUUUUUUUUUUCUGUUCAAUAAAUAACCAAAGUAUAAAAGCGUAAUUUAUACAAAAUAGUUUGAAUUAACAAAACUAAAUAAAUCAUUACACUUGGUGAACGCUUGUUUUAAAGGAAUAUGUUAUUAGAUGAAUUAAUGAUAAUGAAUGCAGUUGACCUUAUCUAUUAAUUGUGCAGCAAACUUUCUGUCUAAAUCAAUGUGUAUUUGGUGAUUGUUCAAUGAUAAUAUAAUAAAAUAAUAAAAAUAGUUUUUCAGCUAUCCUUGCCGAGAUGAGAAAAAAAUGCAAGUGUGCUUUAAGCUGGUCGGGGCACAGAAAGACAGUUUAAGCUCUUUGGCCUCCCUGCCUGUUCUAUUUCAUAAUGAAUUGAUCUAAGGAACUUUUUUUCAUUACGUAGUUCUGUGCAUUGUCAUAGAAACCGCUAAAUAUUUCAUCUAAAGUAUGUGUACAUUUUGUCUUGGCUUAAGUUCAGUUAAAAAAAAGCUCUGUAAUCAUUCACUUAAAAAGAGGUUCUAUUUUGAGUCAUUCUAAUUCUAAAUAUUCUCAGUCAACUCCUAUUUACAGAGGAUGGUCAAUUAUAAAUCACAUAUGACAUCUGUACAAUAUCUGUUUUUAUGAUUUAUAAUAUGUUUAUAUGUUGUAAGUAGAGUGUCUUCUAUUAAAAAAUACAAUAUGAGAUUUCAUACAGUUUGAGCACUAGAUAGGUCAAAAGCUUUGUAUGGAGAUCGUUCUUCCAAACUGUACAAAUCUCAUACAAUAAGAGGCAUGAAUGAACUUAUAAAUUGAGUGCCUGUAAAGGUCCUAACUAUCAUCCAAACAUCCAAACAUAUUCUUAAUGUUCUGCACACAUAAUUGUGUCUAGUUUAAUAAUACACCAACACAUAUAAUACUCUUUAGUUAUUAUCCUCACAUUUUAGAGGUUUACUCCAAAGAUAAGACAGCUCUUCAUACAGAUGAGAGUCCACGUUUCAUCCCUCCGUUGUCCGUUACCACGACAAUGUUACUGAAAUAACUUAAGCACUGUUCAUUUUCACAAAAUAA